GAAUAUCCGGUUGUCGUGCUAACCUAAGUUAGCUUGCAGCUAAGCACCAGGUUGGUUGGUUGUUUGCAGCAGUUUUAUUUCGUCGGGCUAAAGUCCACAGCUGGUCGGAUCAUCGGGCUGAGACACGUCACUGCGGACAUGACUAAGCACGAGUUUGAGGUGGCCAUGACGUGUGAGGGAUGCUCGGGAGCCGUGACCAGGAUCCUGAACAAGCUGGGAGAUGUGAAGUUUGAAAUUGACCUGCCGAAGAAGCUGGUUUGGAUCGAGUCUGACAAAGAUGUGGACGUUCUCAUGACGGCGCUGCAGAAAUCCGGAAAGGAGGUCAAAUACAACGGCACUAAAUGAAGGACCUGCUUCACCAGAGCAGAAAUCAUUGCUGCCGCUGCAAAGUGAAGAUUUAAGCUGAAAUUCAAGUUAAAGUUAGGAGUCUGAUGGACCCUCAGUGAGUCUCCACAGAUGCCAACCCCCCCCCGUCCAGCUGUUACGCACAAACGACCCCCCCUCUGUGGAUGCAGACAGGAAACGUCUCUCCUGACAUCCUUCAAGUUGGAACAUCCUCCUCCAACACACCUGCUGAAUGUAAUCCUUUCCAAACCUUCCAGCUAUGAAUUAAAAAGGAGGUGCCCCUGAGAUUUAGUUACAGGUACAUGAUGAUGAUGAUGAUGAUGAUGAUGAUGAUGAUGUGGCCUCCAUUCCUUAGGGUAAAACAUGAAACCUACUGGAUGUUUGCCUGAACCUGUAGCCUGUAUUAUUAUUAAAGUUGGAUUUAAUACACGAAACAACCUUUGAAGCUCCCUGUAUGAAGAUAUUUGUAGUUCUGCACCCUGUGGGGGGGUGGGGGGGGUCAUCUGCUGCACCACCCUCUCUUUGCUUCACCUCAGUCUACCCCACAGUCACUCAGCCAAACACUGCAGCUCACACACUUCAUGUUUAGUCAGAUUUAUUGCCUGUUCUGUGGUGGUUUUGGGAUUUAGGAAUUCUCCGGAGCGUUCAUCACUUGUUGGUCUGGAUAAUGAUGCAGGGGAAAAUAAAAUCAGUUCUGCCUUCAGUACA